AUCUAGGCACCUGCUCUGCGAAUCUAGUCCAAUUUUAAUAUUUUUCCCCAAAUAGAAAGAUGAGACGUAUCUCUAGUUUGUGCGUGAAUCGAGCCCCAUCAUCAAGGCCGUUCAUUUUGAGGCCCCACGAAUCCAAUGGUGUUAGAUUCACGCACAAACUCGUGAUCUGUCUCCUCUAAACACACAUUACACUUCAUUUUGCCGCCACUCCUAUUUCUAAUUCUACGAUUUUCCCUCUCAAAUUAGUGAUAAGAAAUAAUAAAGAUCGAGAUAGAGCAAGCGAGUAGUAAUCAGAUCAGAUGGCUAAUACUGGAUCUGGAGAGGGAUCAAUGAGUGCGACCUUGAUGGAUGAUUACGAAACGCUGAUUUCUACGACUGAUGUUGAGCUCUUGAAAAGAGCGUGGCGUAAUGAGAAAGCUGCACCAGAGAUUCUUCAGUACGAAGCUUCUUUAGUUCAGAGAAUUAAAGAGCAGAUUGAAUUGGCGGAACAAAAUGUGGAGAUAUUUGAAACGGAUGGUAUAGAUCCCCUGACUGUGUCGCUUUACCAAAUGGACCUAGACAGGGCUCAGUUCUUAUUGAGAUCGUAUCUCCGGGUUCGCCUCCAAAAGAUUGAGGAGUACUUAUUCCACAUUUUAGGAAAUGAUGCCCAUCGAAACCGGCUUUCUGACCAGGAGCAAAUCUUUGCAGAAAGGUGUGAGAAUGAUCUCAGAAACCAUCUUGAUGAAACUGUUCUUGCAAAAUUGCCUGAUAAUUACCAGUCUACACUCAGACAAUCCAUAACAAGUGAAGAGGAUGACAUGGUGCCAGCACCACGGCUAGACACAUUUGUUAUUUGCAAAGCCAGGCAGUAUCUCUCCGGCAUGGACUUUGAACCUGAGUACAGUAUGGAAAUCACAGAGAUGGAACGUGAUCUACUUACAUUUGUAUGUUACAAGUUCAUAAAGAAGCCAUUGGAGAAGGGGAAAAUAGAUUUGGUGUAAAGCGAAGUUACAAAUGGCAUUAGGUCUCUCCUUGAAAAGAUCGUAUCACGUUAGUUAGGAGUGUAAAUGGAGCUGUUAAGCACGCACUUCAAAUUGUAUGGCUUCUAUCAUGUAAACGCUUUUUGAAAGUCUAAUGGUUUGUGAGGGCUCAGGCGAUCUUUUCUUUUUUUUGGUUGGCAAUAGUUCAAGAUUGGGGAUUAGACCUGAUUCUGUGCUAAUGUUAGUUUCGAGCCGGUUCAUGAAAAUCAUAACUUUUUAGUUUUA